AUGGGAGCCAGCGGACAACAGCGCCAGCACUUCCGCAACCAGCCCGAGGACCAGCACGUGGUCGAGGGCGCCGUGGCCCUCAUCAAGUGCGAAGUCGGGAACCAGAAGGGCCGAGUCCAGUGGGCCAAGGAUGGCUUCGUCCUCGGCUUCAACCGCACGAUCCCGGUACCUCGAUACGAGAUGGUCGGCGACGGCAUCAACGGCGAGCACCACCUCAAGAUCCACAACACGACCCUGCACGACGACGCCGACUACCAGUGCCAAGUAGGGCCGGCGGACGGGCACGACCCCCUGCGGGCCACCGGCCAUCUCACUGUCCUCUUGGCUCCGACGAGCAUCGAACUCCUGGGACGAGGCCGCGAGGAGGUCAUAGAGGUCAACGAAGGCGAAGAAAUCACCCUCGAGUGCCAGGUGGAGGACGCCAAGCCCGUCGCGAUGGUCCGCUGGUACAAGAACAACGAGGAGAUACACUUAGACUCCCGCGUGGACGUCGAGAAGGAAUCUUCGCAGCGGCGGCGCCACACGCUCGUCUCCAAGGUGACGCUCCGCCUGACGCCCGCCGACGACGGCUCCCACUACGCCUGCCACGCAGAGCACCCGGCGCUCAGCCAGCCCAUCGCCGCGUCCGUCAAGAUCUCAGUCCUGUACCCCCCCGGGCCGCCCAUGAUCACCGGCUACACGGCAGGAGAGACCAUCCGCGCGGGCGAGGAGCGCACCCUGUCGUGCCGUUCGCGGGGCGGCAACCCCCGGCCGCGCGUCGUCUGGUACCGCAACAACGAGAUCAUCGACACGACCGACCGGCCGAUCGGGGCCGAGAGCGUCAACGAAUACAAAUUCAUCGUGGAUUCGGCGGAUAAUGGCGCCGUUUUCACGUGCGAAGUGAGAAACAAACUCACGGAGAAGCCCCUGCUCGCUUCUGUCAAGCUGGAAGUGCAGUUUCCUCCCGACAAGGUGGUGGUGUCGGGGCCGACACAGUCCCGAGUGGGCGAGAACGUCACGCUGACGUGCGUCGUGGAGAACUCGAACCCGCCCGCGGAGGUGUCGUGGGUGGUGGACGGGCAGCCGCGCCCCGAGGCCACGACGCGGCGCGAGCGGGCGGGGCCGGGCGGCUGGCAUACGGUCAGCCGCCUCGAACUGAGCGUGCCAGCCGUCGACAGGGACAUGAUGUUCACCUGUCACGCCACCAACCAGGCCCUCGGGGAGACCAAGGUCGACACGUACAUGCUCUCGGUCUUGCGCCCGCCUCUACCGCCGGUUUUGCACGGGUACAGCGAAGGCUCGGGCAUCCGCGUGGGCAGCCAGCAGCGGAUAACCUGCGUCUCGAGGGGCGGCAACCCCCCAGCACACCUGCAGUGGUACCGAGACGGCCAGAAGAUCCCUUCCAGGAAGCACAGCAUCGAUGACGUUAGCUCGGCCGAGAUCGAGAUCGUGGCGGAGCCGCAGGACAACGGGGCGCAGUACCGCUGCGAGGCGCACAACAGCGCCGCCUCGUCGCCUGUCAGCGUCUCCACGACGCUCGUCGUCUUCUUCCCGCCGGAGACCGUCAAGAUCAGCCAGAGUCCGCGGCGCCUGAGUGCGGGCAGCCAGGCCAUCCUCACCUGCGAGUCGGGGCCCUCCAACCCGGCCGCCACCAUCACCUGGUUUAGGGGCGACUACAGGAUGGCAGGCCGCCUGCAGGAGACCUCUUCCAGCCUUAAUGGAGGCACACGAGUGACGAACGUGUUAGCGCUCAACCUAACAGCGGCCGACGAUGGUCUCACUUACUCGUGCCAAGCGAAGAACACUGCCUUGCAGAAAGAUGUCACCCAAUCUGUCACUCUCCAUGUCAACUAUGCGCCGACGUUCCUGUCGGAGCCUCCCGACGUGGUGGACGUGGUGGUCGGCGAGUCGGAGGAGCUGAACCUGACGGCGCGCGCCAACCCGGGCCCCGUCAUCUACACGUGGACUCGCCACGGCCUCCCGCUGCCCGACCCGGUCAUAGACGACUCUUGGCGCGACACCUACGCCCAGCACCCCGACAUGGGCGGCGCGGGCGGCUCGCGUGUGUCCGCCGAAGGGCCGCUGCUCUACAUCCGGGGAGUCACCGUCGACGACGCCGGCGACUACGAACUGGAGGCGACCAACCAGGAGGGAGCGACCGUCGCUAAGGUUUACCUCAACGUUCAGUAUCCUCCCACCAUCAAGUACACGUCGGAGAUGGUGACCGUCUCCGAAGGCCAAGACGCCCACCUUGAGUGCGCCGCCGACGGCAACCCGCUGACGGAGGCCAUGAUGGCUUGGCGCCGCGACGACUACGACUUCACCAAGACGGAGCAGAUAUUCGGGGGGAAGAAGGCGACGCUGACGGUGCUGCGAGCCAACCGAAACGACACCGGCGUCUUCACCUGCGAAGUGAACAACAGCAUCGGCAAAGUGGCCACCGCCAACAUCACACUCGUGGUGAAGACAAAGCCAGUAGUGGAACGCUCUCAGCUGCUGGACCGCGCGGCCGCCGAGAAGGGCAAGCGGGGCGAGCUGCGGUGCCUGGCCGAGGGCGCCCCCGACGUCAGUUUCUCGUGGAAGAGGGACGGCCUCCUGCUCUCCAACGGCGCCAGGCCCGACAAAUACGAGAACGAGACCGUCAGGACGGGGCUGGUGUCCUGGGCGUCCACCUUCUACAUCAGGAACGUGCACGAGGACGACUACGGCCGCUACGAGUGCAUCGCGGAGAACGAGCUCGGGGCGUCCACCUUCACCGUGCGAUUCAUCAAGCCCACUCGCCCCGACCCACCGCUGUCUCUCAAGGUGGUCAACACGACCCAUGACACGGUGACCCUGGCUUGGAAACCCGGCUUCGACGGCGGCAAGACCCAGUACUUCCGCCUCCGGUACCGCACCAAGGACAGCACCUCGUACCAGUACCUCGACGUGUACGAGGCCGGGGUGUCCAUCUACACGGUGACGGACCUCAGCCUCAACACGGAGUACUAUUUCUCGAUCAUGAGUCAUUACCUUCGAUAUCCAGUCAAUUUAAGUUCUUCUCGUUUCAUAUCACAAUCUAUUGAAAGAGAUAAAUUUAUGGUGACAGCCUCUGAAUGGAAAUCAAAUCAGACGGGGAUCUUUAUAGCUGGGUUUUAUAGCUCAAGGCUCGGACGGAUAUGCAUUAGCUUCUUACAUACUGUACCUCCACAUGUAUUCUCUUUCAGCAUGCCCAUUGGUGAAGGUUCUCCAGGAUCCUUCCAUAAAGCACCGAAUCCUAUCAUGGAUACUCCCCAAAGCUUCAACAAAUCCUCUCGGAUCCUGCCAUGGACCCCGGAAUUCUCGCACGGACCAGUAGAUCCCGCGGGACCUUCGACUCCUACUGGCGGCUCAGGACGCACGGUGCUAAAUAAGAAUAAUGGUCGUCGCGUGGCCGGCGAUGUCACAGUCCGGCUGUGCUUGCGCGCCGUCUUGCUAUUCUGGAACCGUUUCGCAAAGGAAGCACGGAGUCAGGGAAUUGAUGUGCAAGGUCUCUGCAUGCCCCGGUGUGACCCUAGCCUUUCUCUCCUUUCCCCUCCAGGCGAGGCCCCUCCUACGCCUGUGCCCUCGUCCAACGUGGGCAAGGAGGCCUCAACCAAGCUACCUGGCCUCUGGGUCGUCAUCAUAGUACUCGUUGCCACUGCAUUGCUUGCUCUCAACGUUUCUGCCAUUGUCUGUAUAGUUAGGCGAAGGAGGAACAAGCGGGCUUCUCCCCCCACGAAGAAGACUCCGCCGCCGUCUGUGUCAUCGACCAUGGCCAAAGCCAUGCCACUCUCUGUCACGCAGGGCCAGCCCCUUUUAGGCGACCGUGAACUCCUAUUAAACCAAGUUCUCGGAGGUCGCGGAGACCUCCCCAAGCUGAUCAUCAUUGUUGUAGCCAUCGUCGGCACCAUGAUUGUGAUACUCAACAUUGCCCUCGUCAUCUGUCUAAUACGCAGAAAGCGUGGCAAGAGACGAGAUGAUGAAGGCAGCGACCAGGCGAGCAGCAAGAGCACGACCAACACCAUGUACGCCCCCUCCUCGUACAACGACACGGUGGUGGGCGAGACGCUGUCGUCCAUCUCCGAGAAGAGCCGAGAGUCGUACACGCAAGAGGACUCCGUCGUGGACUAUGAGGAUGGUCCUCAGUACUUUCCCUCAGGGCACGCCCCUCCAGCUCACUUACUCCCGGCACAUUUUCUUCCCGGUCGCCUCGUACCGGGCCAGGUCUUUCUGUACGACCAGUAUGACCUCCUGUACGGCUGCGUAAGUCCGCGAGUGCUCGAAAUCCGUAUCGGUGCCAAACCUCAUUUAUUCGAUCUCCCGCGCGCCGGCGAUUCCCUCGUCGCUCGGAAGAAGACGACCCGGCGGAAGAGGGAGUCAGGGGGAGACAGACGGGGUCACGCCGGGUCCGAGGCAGAGCAGACCCACAAGCACGCCGCCUCCACGUACCUCAUCGACCAGAUUGAGCCUCCGCCCGAGUACGCCAGCCAGACCCCUUCGCAGCCCUCCAGCGCCGCCUACGACCCGCACGAGGACGACUACGCUGAGGUUCUUCGCAGGAACGCUUAUAACCAUCAGCUGGGUGAGUGUUCACCCCCGCCCCCCUCCCGCGCCACCCACUACAGCACCUCCCCCGAAAACCGCGGUUACCUCAGCUUUUCGUACACGCCCUCCCCCACGGGCGUCCCCAACGGCGCCGCCCAGUACCACGCGGGGGGUCCUUCAGUCACAUUGGGCCUCCACGAUCACGCCCACGGCUACCCUGCUGACAUGGGCAACCUGAGCAUGGAGGGCGUGGACCACGCCCACGCUCUGCAGUCGCUGGGCCUCGACUCCGACCCCCCGCCAUCCCUGGGGCUGGAGCAGCACUCCAUUCCUUCCGAACACCCCAGCCUUACGCUCGACCCCCACUCCAUCACCAUAGACCACCCCGUCAUCGCCGUGACCGACUUCUCCAACAGAAACGGAGACUUGAGAGUCCAGCCGACCAGCCUCUCCACCUUCAACCCUAAUCCCUCGCCCUCGACCUUCAGUGAAUCAGACCUUGAAGGCCACUUGGUAUGACUGUAAGCACGCCCGCUGUCAACUGUAAGGCGGGUACCUGCUUACCUUCUCAAGAGUCCCCUGGGUGCGCCGGCAUCUGCGAAUGACCAUGACCCGUUUUCUGUGGAUCCAGAAAGAGGGGAAACUGGAGCACUAAAAUCACAUUUGCAAAACCCAAGAAGGAAAUGCACCCAAGACGUCAGGGAUACUUAUAUAUUCGCUGAUUUGCUUGAAUAACCAAAGAAUAAUGACUUAAUGCAUUUCAGUAACGCAUGUAGGUACUUUAUGCGGUUAUAAGAGUAUAAUGGCUUUAAAAUGCAUUUUGCAUAAUACAUGCAUGAAUUUUGUAAUGAUCAUGAAUGUGAUCUUGUAUGUUGUUUAUUUACCCAGUGUGAUUGGGCGCAGAGUUGAUCUAAGUAUAUAAUUUUCGAUCGUAUGAAAAUGACAUUCAUUAUGAUAAAAAAAACAAUUUGUGCAAACAGCAAUGAAUUCCUGUUGUCAGGCUGGACUGUAUGAACUUGCAGUCUGGAGUAUGAAUUAGAUUACAAAUACACCAAUCUACAUUGAAAGACAAAAGGAACUGUGAUGCAUUUCUUUAUUUCUACUUUAUGUGCGAAAUACCAGUGACGAAACUGACAUAGGAUGUUUAUCAAGCUGCGUGUCUCAGUGUUGUGUGAUUGUGCAGAGUUUGGCACCAAAACAGAAUUAAUCGAGGAACUAAGCAAUGUUUGUAAUCAAUGUUUUAUAUAUACAAAGGCCUGUAUACAAUGGCUAACACAUGUAUAUGAAAUAUCGCCCAUGUUACAACCCCCGCCGCACAGUGUAUAAGACUUCUACGAAGACCAGCUCCUUCUGGAGGAAACAGUAAAAAAGAAGAGUGAAAUCCUUCCUGAGAAAGUCAUUUUCUCUUGUUGGCCUAAAAGGAUUAAAUGGUGAGACUCCCUGACUGCGGCCCACCUGGGUGCCGCCACGGAAUGACAAUGUCUGCUUUGGUGAAGUUGGACGGAAUCCCGCCGAUUAGUCUGCCACGUCGUUGUCGAAGUCGGCCGAGAAUAUUCUCGGGAGGAAUCGGCGAGCGAGAGUGAAGAGCCGACAGGGGAACCGAGGCCAAUCUUCGUGCGAGGACGGAACCUUGAAGAAGGAGAGAAUCACAUCAAAGUACAUUUAUCGGUGCGUCAGUUACAGAGUGGAAACGAUUGAAUGUUACAAAACUGUGCAUCUGCACGCUGCUAAGAAACACACACAUACACAUACGGACAUUAAUAAUAUUGGAACAACCAGUGAGGUUCUUCCAUCAAAAUAAAUAUGGUAAUGCAAAAGACCUCAUAAUUCACUUGGUAAAAUUGUGGAAAGUCUACGGAGUCAAGAAGCCUCAUUUCCUUAUAUUCUGCCAUCAGGCACCUACAGCAAGUAGGGGUUAAAGUGACCAUAAUACGCUCCUUUGAGCUCUUUAUGCGUUACACAACUGGGGCUUCCGUCUGUCUGUUGGUCUGAUAAUCGCUUUCUGUUCAAGUCCAUCUGUGUAAACAUUAAUCGCAUAGGAUGAUAGAAAUAUCCGUUUUGGAAAUCAAAUUCUAUACACAGUUAUAAAGAAAUAAAAGUUAUAGAAUCAGAACAAAAGUAUUGGAAUUAGCAACACCUUGGAAGGACACGAAAGCAUCGGUCUCAGGGGAAGAAAACAUCGGCAUUUCGUCGGCGCAAGAACCUCGUGAUCGGCAGAUAGAAAUACGAGGCUUAACCCAUGUUCGCCUUGAGGAGUUCCGGAUCUUCUGUGUGCUCUCUGGAACUGACACACAGAUUUGUGCAUUUAGUCUUUUUCUUCCUUCCUUCUUCCUCCCUUUUCUCUAUCAAAUGCACGGCGCCAGCAGGGGUAUCAUCUUGUUUAGCUCCUGUUACCAACAUAUAUGUAACAACACUGAAGACACUUCCUGUGUUACGUUAUAAUGAAAAAAUGUGUAGAUAUGUACUUACAAGACAGAGUUUAUUGAAUAUAAUAAUUUAUGUUGUAAAGAGGAAAGCAAAGUUAAAAACUAUGUCACCCCCUAAAAAAAUGAAACUUUGUAUAGUUGUAUUGUAUAUGUGAAGAUCUGUACGACUUAUGUUUCUGGACACUAUCCUAGGAACGGGAUAUUGUCUGUACCUCAUAUACGAACGAACUAAUACAGACACCCCCUAUUCGUGCGUGGCCUGACUGCAGGAACCUUAAAGGAAACGAGUCCUUUAGGGCAUUGUUUUAUUAAUUUACGAAAGUUUGCUAAACCUCAGGUUCACCGAACAUGUCAUUCACGGGCUCAAAUGCUUAAUGUAUAAGUGGACUAGUGAAACUUUGUAAAGGUGAGCUUUGUAAAGCAAGCCUCUUGCCAGAGCCUACUUGAAUCUCCUAGUUGACAUUCAAUCCAACAGCUGCAUAAUAACGAAGUUACUGUGUACUAGAAGAUCCCAUUUUGAUACUCCAUUUUUCUAUACAUGAGAUAUUUAGGACAGAUUACGCCAUAAUAUUAAAGUGGAGCCAGUGUGACUCCCUCCUAUAUUUAUACGUAUACAUGUAAGUAUAUGUAUGAAUGCAUAUAUACAUAUAUAUUGUGAGCAUAUAUACAUGUAUGUAUAUGGAUAUAAGUACAC